UUCUGUUGUGUCUUGACUGGGUCCUCCUGCCACUGGGAAUGCUGUGGAUUAUACUAGGUCUCUUAUCUGGCUUGUUUCAGGGCUCCAUGUGAAAACCUUCUUGAUAUCCUAGCCAUCCACCUGCUCAGUCCCUGGUUUGCAAGGAGGCUGUGGGGAGCCUAGAUUCUGUGUCAGAUAGAAUGUACUACAUUCCGUCUCAGGAAUGUACCACAUCAGAAAACAGUGCGACCUGCAGGAGAAGUAGAGGUGAAGAGGCACAUUCUUCCGAGAAAUGUUUCUCUCAACACCCAGCAUUCCCUGGAUAUCAGCAGGAAAUUACUCACUGCUGGAAAAUGCCCCAUGAGCCUUCUGUUAAGGAGGUCAAGGAGAGAACAGAGAAAGUUCUCAAAGUUGACUUGGUCACUGGUACUUUCUUAUGUGGUUCUUGUUUUGUUUGCCAUCAUCAUCAUCAUCAUGCUAUGUCUAUUUUCUCAAUCCAAAUCCACUGCUUUCACCUUCCUUCUUUCUGACCGGUUUGGCACACUCAUUCAGUAAAUCCUUACGGAGGGCCCAACGUCUGCAUAAUUGUGCUGUGCUGAUGACCAAGCUAGACCUACGAGUGUCGGCUCCUUUGAGAUGUAUGGGACGGCUCAUCUGUCAUCUCUUCUGGGAAGCCUCUCCAGGCUUGAUGAAGAGUGGCAAGAUGUUUAACAGUUGUACAUGUGUUCCAUGUUCCUUUCUAAGAGCCUAGGCAAACCAGACCCGGUCGCAGGUCAUCAUAGUAUGGCAUGAUCUUCCUCUCUCCUUUCUGACCUUUUGUGUGUUGGCAAGAACCUACAGAGUGACACAAGCAGCAGGCUUCUGAGGUUGCUCUAGCCUCAGAAAGGCCGUCCUUUCUCCACCCUGGCCCUCAUUGCUGAGGUUUCCUUUGAAGCAGCAGUGCCGGAACAGACUAGGGGAAGCAGCUUGGACAUAGCUAUAUGAUUUAUUACCACCCAUUGAGGCCAACCAAAGUCAGCAAGGAGAGGUAGCAGGUCAGUGGUGCCUGGAAGCUUCCUCUUUCCUCUGCACCAGAUGUGGCUGCUCUGCAGUUACUCCUAAAUUUGCUACUCUCAUUUUUACUAGCCAACCUUGAUGUUUUUCCCUUCUUCCUGUAGAAUACACUUCCCCUUUGAUCAGUACUUUCUACUCAACACUAUUUGUGGCCACAGUGGGAACUCAUUGAGGACCGGGACCAUGACAUAACUACCUGACCCAUCAACACUUGGCAUAACUUGAAAUGCAAGGACAAAAAUUGGCUGCAAGUACAACGUGGUCUUCACUCUGAAGGAUAUCCGACACGAAGCCAGUGACUUCCCAUGUAGAGUGGCCAAGCUUCCUAAGAACAAAAACCGAAAUAGGUACAGAGACGUCAGUCCCUUUGACCAUAGUCGGAUUAAACUACAUCAAGAAGAUAACGACUAUAUCAAUGCUAGUUUGAUAAAAAUGGAAGAAGCCCAAAGGAGUUACAUUCUUACCCAGGGCCCUUUGCCUAACACAUGUGGUCACUUUUGGGAGAUGGUGUGGGAGCAGAAAAGCAGGGGUGUCGUCAUGCUCAACAGAGUGAUGGAGAAAGGUUCGUUAAAAUGCGCACAGUACUGGCCACAAAAAGAAGAAAAAGAGAUGAUCUUUGAAGACACAAAUUUGAAAUUAACAUUGAUCUCUGAAGAUAUCAAGUCAUAUUAUACAGUGCGACAGCUAGAAUUGGAAAACCUUACAACCCAAGAAACUCGAGAGAUCUUACAUUUCCACUAUACCACAUGGCCUGACUUUGGAGUCCCUGAAUCGCCAGCCUCAUUCUUGAACUUUCUUUUCAAAGUCCGAGAGUCAGGGUCACUCAGCCCGGAGCACGGGCCCGUUGUGGUGCACUGCAGUGCAGGCAUUGGCAGGUCUGGAACCUUCUGUCUGGCUGAUACCUGCCUCUUGCUGAUGGACAAGAGGAAAGACCCUUCUUCCGUUGAUAUCAAGAAAGUGCUGUUAGAAAUGAGGAAGUUUCGGAUGGGGCUGAUCCAGACAGCAGACCAGCUGCGCUUCUCCUACCUGGCUGUGAUCGAAGGUGCCAAAUUCAUCAUGGGGGACUCUUCCGUGCAGGAUCAGUGGAAGGAGCUUUCCCACGAGGACCUGGAGCCCCCACCCGAGCACGUCCCCCCACCUCCCCGGCCACCCAAACGAAUCCUGGAGCCACACAAUGGGAAAUGCAGGGAGUUCUUCCCAAAUCACCAGUGGGUGAAGGAUGAGACCCAGGAGGAUAAAGACUGCCCCAUCAAGGAAGAAAAAGGAAGCCCCUUAAAUGCCACACCCUACAGCAUGGAAAGCAUGAGUCAAGACACUGAAGUUAGAAGUCGGGUCGUGGGGGGAAGUCUUCGAGGUGCCCAGGCUGCCUCCCCAGCCAAAGGGGAGCCGUCACUGCCUGAGAAGGACGAGGACCAUGCACUGAGUCACUGGAAGCCCUUCCUGGUCAACAUGUGCGUGGCUACGGUCCUCACGGCCGGCGCGUACCUCUGCUACAGGUUCCUGUUCAACAGCAACACAUAGCCUGACCCUCCUCCACUCCACCUCCACCCACUGUCCGCCUCUGCCCACAGAGCCCACGCCCGACUAGCAGGCAUGCCGCGGUAGGUAAGGGCCGCCGGACCGCGUAGAGAGCCGGGCCCCGGACGGACGUUGGUUCUGCACUAAAACCCAUCUUCCCCGGAUGUGUGUCUCACCCCUCAUCCUUUUACUUUUUGCCCCUUCCACUUUGAGUACCAAAUCCACAAGCCAUUUUUUGAGGAGAGUGAAAGAGAGUACCAUGCUGGCGGCGCAGAGGGAAGGGGCCUGCACCUGUCUUGGGGCUCGCCCCACCCAGGGCUCCCUCCUGGAGCAUCCCAGGCGGGUGGCACACCAACAGCCCCCCUUGAAUCUGCAGGGAGCAACUCUCCACUCCAUAUUUAUUUAAACAAAUUUUUCCCCAAAGGCAUCCAUAGUGCACUAGCAUUUUCUUGAACCAAUAAUGUAUUAAAUUUUUUGAUGUCAGCCUUGCAUCAAGGGCUUUAUCAAAAAGUACAAUAAUAAAUCCUCAGGUAGUACUGGGAAUGGAAGACUUUGCCAUGGGCCUGCUGCGUCAGACCAGUACUGGGAAGGAGGACGGUUGUAAGCAGUCGUUAUUUAGUGAUAUUGUGGGUAACGUGAGAAGAUAGAACAAUGCUAUAAUAUAUAAUGAACACGUGGGUAUUUAAUAAGAAACAUGAUGUGAGAUUACUUUGUCCCGCUUAUUCUCCGCCCUGUUAUCUGCUAGAUCUAGUUCUCAAUCACUGCUCCCCCGUGUGUAUUAGAAUGCAUGUAAGGUCUUCUUGUGUCCUGAUGAAAAAUAUGUGCUUGAAAUGAGAAACUUUGAUCUCUGCUUACUAAUGUGCCCCAUGUCCAAGUCCAACCUGCCUGUGCAUGACCUGAUCAUUACAUGGCUGUGGUUCCUAAGCCUGUUGCUGAAGUCAUUGUCACUCAGCAAUAGGGUGCAGUUUUCCAGGAAUAGGCAUUUGCCUAAUUCCUGGCAUGACACUCUAGUGACUUCCUGGUGAGGCCCGGCCUGUCCUGGUACAGCAGGGUCUCACUGUAACUCAGACAUUCCAAGGGUAUGGGAAGCCAUAUUCACACCUCACGCUCUGGACAUGAUUUAGGCAAGCAGGGACACCCCCCACCCCCCACCUUUGGGAUCAGCCUCCGCCAUUCCAAGUCAGUACUCUUCUUGAGCAGACCGUGAUUUGGAAGAGAGGCAACUGCUGGAAACCACACUUCUUGAAACAGCCUGGGUGACGGUCCUUUAGGCAGCCUGCCACCGUCUCCGUCCCGGUUCACCUUGCCGAGAGAGGCGCGUCUGCCCCACCCUCGAAUCCUGUGGGGCCUGAUGGUGCUCACGACUCUUCCUGCAAAGGGAACUGAAGACCUCCACAUUAAGUGGCUUUUUAACAAGAAAAACACGGCAGCUGUAGCUCCCGAGCUACUCUCUUGCCAGCAUUUUCACAUUUUGCCUUUCUCGUGGUAGAAGCCAGUACAGAGAAAUUCUGUGGUGGGAACAUUCGAGGUGUCACCCCGCAGAGCUGUGGUGAGGUGUGGAUAAGGCUUAGGUGCCAGGCUGUAAGCAUUCUGAGCUGGGCUUGUUGUUUUUAAGUCCUGUAUAUGUAUGUAGUAGUUUGGGUGUGUAUAUAUAGUAGCAUUUCAAAAUGGACGUACUGGUUUAACCUCCUAUCCUUGGAGAGCAGCUGGCUCUCCACCUUGUUACAUGUAUGUUAGAGAGGUAGCGAGCUGCUCUGCUAUAUGCCUUAAGCCAAUAUUUACUCAUCAGGUCAUUAUUUUUUACAAUGGCCGUGGAAUAAACCAUUUUUACAAAAAUAAAAACAAACAAAAAAAGCAAGGUGUUUUGGUAUAAUACCUUUUCAGGUGUGUGUGGAUACGUGGCUGCAUGACCGGGUGGGCGGGGGCGGGGGGGGGGCGUGUCUCAGGGUCUUCUGUGACCUCACAGAACUGUCAGACUGUACAGUUUUCCAACUUGCCAUAUUCAUGAUGGGUUUGCAUUUUAGCUGCAACAAUAAAAUUUUUUUCUAAAGAACA